AUGGGUAUACUGAGGAGCGAGCAGAUGCAGCACGGCACGCUUGUGAUCCCAACAGAACGUGCCGUGGAAAUCAUUUCGCUCCUGGGGCAGAAGGGCGAGGUGAUGAUACAGGAUAUGAAUGCUACGAGCAUGAAGCGUCCGUAUCGUCGGUAUAUCCAGCGUAUCGAGGAGAUGGAGCGGCAAUUGCGGUAUUUGAUGACUGAAAUCCAGAAGUUGCCUGGUGCGAAGGUCGUAACAGGAGAUGUGAACAAUUUCCUGGACUACGACGGUUUUGUAUUGGAGGGAGUGGAGGAAAGUUUGAGUACUCUAACCGACCAGUUCGUCAAGUUCAGAGCGAACAACGACGACUUGCUGCGGCAACGCACCCGAGCGAUGAUGGAACGUGCUGUUGCUAAGGUGGCCGCUAAGUCGCUGGACGGCAAGCAUGAGAACUUAGUCAACAACGCUGGUACUAACAAUGCGGCUGGUCUGCUUGCUGCCGACGCGGAGGCAGGAGCGGCGAAUGGUUCGCCUGUGCUAUCUUCGUUUGCGGGAGUGGUGCGACAGGAGGACGUGAGCAAGCUCAGCCGCACGUUGUUCCGCGCGACCAGAGGUAAUGCGUUCACGUACUACGAGGCGAUCGACGAGGACGACAACGGUCAGUUUGUGGAUGAAGCAGCAGCUGACGUUGCCCCUGUGCGCAACGUAUUUGUGGUGUACUAUCCCGGUGGCCCGGGAUCUGCGAUGCACGAGAAAAUCGAGCGUAUCUGCAAAGCCUUUGGCAUCGAUACCUUUGAGUGGCCUCGUUCGGCCGACGAGGCUCGUGACAAGAUUGGAGGCUUGACUGAGGUCAUCGACGACAAGACGCGGGCGUUGGAGGCCUUUGAGGAAUUUUUCUUCGACGAAGUUGCGGUCCUGUUGCAACCCGUACAUGCAGGUGGCAAUAGUUUAAUCGAGGACUGGCGGCUUUACUGCAUGAAGCAGAAGGCGACAUAUGCGUGUUUGAACUUGUUCGAGGAGACGGAGUCGACGCUUAGAGCUGACUGCUGGUACCCUGCGAACACGGAGGACCAUAUUCGCGGCCUGCUGAAGGACUUCAGCAGCGGGGUCAACGUUGUCAGUGCAUUCCUCCUGUCAGACACUAAGUCCGCCGCCGCCUCAGGUGGGCAUGGAGGUCUGGACAAGAAUCCACCGACCUACAACAAAACCAAUCAGUUCACGGAAUGUUUCCAGGAAAUGGUGGAUACCUAUGGCGUACCGCGAUAUCAGGAGGUGAACCCUGCGCUCUUUAGCACAGUCACUUUCCCUUUCAUGUUCGGCGUUAUGUACGGAGAUAUCGGUCACGGUAUACUGGUGACCCUAUUCGCCUUGGUCUUGAUUGCUUACAACAAGCAGUUGGUUCGUGGUGGCGACGAGUUGGCCAUGAUGGUCUCAUUCGGUCGUUAUAUGAUUUUGAUGAUGGGCUGCUUUGCCAUAUACUCGGGAAUAAUCUACAACGACUUCUUUGCUCUAGGUUUUAACCUGUACGGUAGUCGCUAUGUAAUCAACCCCGUUUCGACAGCAGCGGCGACAGAUGGUACUGUGCACUACAUGCCGAACCGAGACCAGGACAAGAGUAUGUCUGAUAUUGUUGACGAUCUAGACAACACUAAGAAGAGUAGCGGCACGUUCCCGUACCCUUUCGGCAUUGACCCUAUUUGGAAGAGUGCUGACAAUGAGUUAGACUUUCUCAACUCGUACAAGAUGAAGCUGUCCGUUAUAUUUGGGUUCGUUCAAAUGCUCCUUGGCACGCUGCUCAAAGGGCUCAAUUCGAUAUACUUUCGCGACCAUUUAACCUUGUGGUUUGAGUUCUUACCUCAGUUUAUAUUUAUGCUGGCCUUUGUUGGAUACAUGGACCUUUUGAUCAUCUUGAAGUGGGCCCAGUCUUACUACGGUCAACCGAGGACGAGCAUCAUUACUACAGUGAUUAACAUGGCCAUGCUGAAGGAAGUGACUAAGGAUGACGAAUACUUUCCGAACCAGCAGACCGUAGAACGUGUGUUGCUCAUCAUAUUGGUUGUAUGUAUUCCGUGGAUGCUUAUCUGUAAGCCCGUGCUCGCUAAGAUGGCCUGGAAUAGGCACCAUAAAUCUGCCGUCGGCACCAAGACAGCGAAUAACCAGGAGGAACGGAUCCUGUUGGAAAACGAGCACGACAAUGCAGCAGCUGAGAUCAUCAUUGACCAAUCGGCUGAAGUGGGCCAUCAACUCGCAGAGCAGAACACCGAAGAGGAAGGAGAAGAGUUUAAUUUCGGUGAAGAAUUUAUCCACCAGACCAUAGAAACUAUCGAAUUCGUAUUGGGGUCUAUCUCUAACACUGCAUCUUACCUACGUUUGUGGGCAUUAUCCCUCGCUCAUCAACAACUUGCUGCGGUCUUCUUUGAACAGAUUCUUCUCAACAUCAUUAAGGCAGUCGUUAAACCGGAUGGCGGAAUUGGAAACACUAUCGUUGGUGGAAUAUGCAUCUUCCUUGGAUUCGGGGCUUUCGCAGCCGUCACCUUUGGUAUCAUGCUAUGCAUGGAUACGCUCGAAUGCUAUCUUCAUGCCCUGCGUCUCCAUUGGGUCGAGUUCCAAAAUAAGUUCUAUAAAGCUGACGGCUAUAAAUUCGUACCCUUCAGUUACUUCCGAAUACUUAAUGGGUUAGACGCCGAGUAA